UCCCUCAUUUCUAAGAAUCAAAAUUGUGCGUGCUGCAAUUGCUGUGUGCGUGCAUUCGGUGUCUGAAAUACAAGAACAGAAAAUUACACCGACAUUGCCGAUUAUUCAGUAAACUCAUACGGCGAGAUAUUUGUUUUCUUAGGCAACUGACUAUAGCCUACUUAGUUAACUUGCGAGUUAGAACCAGCAGACUAGCCAGUGAACUGAAACUUUGCAUUCCAGUUUUGCCUUUGGAAAUACCGAACGUUGAAGUCCAUAGUAUUUACUAAGUAGACAAUAGCUAGCGCAUUAGCUAGCUGGUUAGGGAAGUUCCGUGCAAGUUGAAAAGAGACAACCUUGGUCAGACGGAUUUUGAACAUUUCGACUUCGCAGAGACAGAACUCUUCAGAACGGCAAGGCCUGCGAUGGUGAACAGCCAGGUGACGGGCCCCAGGUCAUGCGCGGGCUGCGGGGGGCGGAUAGCCGACCGCUUCCUGCUCUUCUCCAUGGAGCGCUACUGGCACACGCGCUGCCUCAAGUGCUCCUGCUGCCAGGCCCAGCUGGGCGAGAUCGGGACCACCUGCUACAGCAAGGGGGGCAUGAUCCUCUGCCGGAACGACUACAUCAGGCUGUUUGGACACAGCGGUGCGUGCAGCGCCUGCGGCCAGUCCAUCCCCGCCAGCGAGAUGGUGAUGAGGGCGCAGGGCAACGUGUACCACCUGAAGUGUUUCACUUGCGCCACCUGCAGGAACAGGCUGGUUCCAGGCGACCGCUUCCACUAUGUCAACGGCACCAUUUUCUGCGAGCACGACCGGCCGGGCGGGGCCCUGCUGAGCAGCCACCUGCCCCCCCUGCAGAGCAGCACAGUGCUGCCGGACCAGAAGGUAUGCUGAGGUGACUGGGCCCGGCUUCUGCAGUGUGCCUUCAGCAUCACCCCUCCCUCCCACCCUAUAACCACCCACCCCCCCACCCCCUCCCUCUGCAUUCUACUCCCUGAAAAAGACUGUUCACACCUGCCCCUUCACACCAAUGCCCCGUGUUCCCAGUUCCAUCACUGCCCAAUCGGAUCAAUUUCUGAUAUCGCUUAAAAAAAAUUCAUUUUCAAAAACGAAAUGUAUGCGUGAGUGCCGCAGAGACAGGAAGGAAUCAGAUUUACUGCGGGACUCUUUAAUGUGCUUUUCCCCGAAGAGGAGAGUCCAGCUGAACUGUACCAAAAUGGCAGCUGACUGACUGGCGUUAGCUCAACGUACCUGGACAGCGUGCAACAAACCACGGGCCUGGAACUGAGACACAGGCCUUACACCCACCCAAAAGCUCACACGGGUAAUAAAGCAGCCAUGCCCCUGUACUGAGAUUUCUAAAGCAAAACAGGUUAUUCUGUAAGCAUGGGGGGAGGGGGGGUUGGAGGCACACAGUGCACAUACACAAUGCGGGAGAAAUGCGAGAAACCUGAUUGUCCUGUGUCUUCACAGACAAGUUCACACACAGCUCCAUCACCGUAGCACUGAGGAUGUUACUUCUUCCCAGUUUUCAAAUUCUUAAAGGCUACAUCAGUAAAGCCACGGCAGCACCGUCUCAUUCACAUAAACAAACAUCUUUGAUAAAUGAUCCUAUAUGAGUUCUAUGAAAGUGUAUUUUACGAUGGACGUGUACAGAUAUGAAUAAAUGCAGAAUUGAGUAUGGUUGUUUAAACAGGAGGGUUGAAAUCUGUUUAAGCCGGGGCAGAGGGGGUCGGAGGGAGGGGCUUGGGGUGUGGGGGCGUGGUUUAAUGUGUUUGAUGGACAUCUGCACCUGGGGGAAAAUUGUAAAGGGGUGUGGGAGAACUGUAAAUAUUUUUCUAAUGGUAUUGUGUGUUCUAUGGUAGAAUUAUAUUGUCUCGGUUGUAGCAUCCAGUUUUCGAGUGGAUGUCUGUUUAAGCUGUAAAACGACUAAAUGAACAAAAUCUUAUUAAAUAAUAACAGUGAUAAUUAAA